AUAAAAACAAACAAACAUCUGAAGAUGUAUGUAGGCAAUUGUUGUUAUGGGGCACCUGCAGUUAAUCUAAAAAUUGUGACUUUUUAUUUCCAUCUUCUUAUCUUCACAGAUCAAAUUAUGAUAUCAUCAUCCAAAGGAAUCUUCCGCCCAUUUCUAGUCCUCUUCAUUGUGCUGGGCUGUUUUAUGGCAUGUCUGCUUAUUUAUAUCAAACCCGCAAACAGCUGGAUCUCUGGUCCUAUUGAAUCUGCCAGCUCAGUUCUGAAGAUGAAGAACUUCUUCUCCAGCAAAAACGAUUAUAUCAAUGAAACAACUAUUUUGAUAUGGGUCUGGCCAUUUGGCCAGACCUUUGACCUGAAAUUCUGCCCAACAUUUAACAUCCAUGGGUGCCACCUGACAACGGACCGCACACUAUAUAACCGGUCUCAUGCCGUUCUUAUUCACCACAGAGACAUCAGUUGGGAUCUGACUAAUUUACCUCAACAACCCAGGCCGCCCUUUCAGAAAUGGAUCUGGAUGAACUUGGAAUCGCCAACGCACACUCCACAAAAGAGUGGAAUUGAGCAUCUGUUUAACCUGACCCUCACUUACCGCCGUGAUUCAGAUAUUCAAGUGCCUUAUGGCUUCAUGAUGGUCAGCACAAACGCCUUUCUGUUUGAAGUGCCAAAUAAAGAAAGGCUGGUUUGCUGGGUGGUGAGUAACUGGAACCCUGAGCAUGCUCGGGUCAAGUAUUAUAAUGAACUAAGCAAAUACAUUGAAAUUCAUACCUACGGGCAAGCAUUUGGAGAUUACGUAAGUGACAAAAAUUUGAUCCCAACAAUUUCCACUUGUAAGUUUUACCUUUCUUUUGAGAAUUCUAUCCACAAAGACUAUAUCACAGAGAAGCUUUACAAUGCUUUCCUGGCUGGGUCUGUGCCAGUUGUGCUAGGCCCUCCGAGGGAAAACUACGAGAAUUAUAUCCCAGCUAAUUCUUUCAUACAUGUGGAAGAUUUCCUCUCCCCCAGGGACCUUUCAGAAUAUCUUCUGAUGCUUGACAAAAAUGAUCAACUCUAUAUUAGUUACUUCAACUGGAGGAAGGAUUUCUCAGUCCGCCUUCCUCAGUUCUGGGAAUCACACGCAUGCUUUGCCUGUGACCAUGUCAAAAGACACCAGGAAUACAAGUCUGUUGGUAAUUUAGAAAAAUGGUUCUGGAAUUAG